AUGUCAACAAACAGUAGCCAACCUGUUACGUCGCUAACAUUGGUGGAACGUGCACUGAAAGAAUCAUUACACUCUCCUACGUUUCUUGACAUCAAGUUCUAUGUGUUCUCGCGAAGAUCGUAUAUGGACGACUCAGGUGUCGUCCGGAUUGACAAGCCGCGGCAUGUCCUCGCUAUCAGUUCUGUGCUCAAGAAGACCGAUUACUUUGAGAAACUACUAUCGAGUGGCUUUGCCGAGUCCAACGCCGGUAGAGUGCCGUUGAAUGCGCCCUUCCCAGAAGAUGUCUCUCCGUACACAGAUGAGUAUGAUUAUGAAUCAGAUAGUGAUUUGGAGGACGAGGAGCCAUCUGAUUUUAUCGAGGAUGUGGCAAUGUUGACUUCGCAUUCGGACGGGAAGGACAAGAAACCCUCAGGAAGACCUCAAGUUUCCGAAUUUUCCGAUCACCCUCUGGGUGGGACCUGUCAACAGAUCAUAAUCAAGGAUGCAGCAUACCAUACAUGGCGUGCCUUCAUCUUUUACUUGUAUUUUAGCAAGGUCAACUUUUUGCCGCUGAAGUCGGAGGAUGAACAUACCAGGGUAGAGGCCUUGAUACGGGCAUUGGGCGACCCAGAAGCUGUUCCGCCUUCUUCCCCGAAGUCAAUGUACCGGUUGGCAGAAAAGUAUGGUAUAACAGAGCUACAGACGCUCGCUUUCGAUGCAAUUCGAUUACAACUUUCUACAAAAAAUAUCGUGCGAGAGGUUUUUUCAAAAUUCACGUCAAGAUAUGAGAAAGUGCGGGAAUUAGAGAUAGCCUACCUACGCUCGCAUUAUGCGGAGGUCGAAGACACGCUUUCAACUGUCAUGGACAGGCUUGUACAGGGCGAAUUUCCAUAUGCAGGGGAAGUUCUCAAGACUUUGCUCAAUUCCAAGAUGGAAACUACUACUCAACCUGGGCAAAGCAGCACGAGUAAGGGUUUCAAGAGCCCCACAUCAAACGCUAAGCCCGACUCCAUAGCCCUCACGCGACGUACCCAGUCAAUUCGGGGUAACAACGCCCCACCUUUGUUCCGGUCGAGCUACCACGCAUUGUUCAGCCAGCCACAAUCUAGUUCUUCUGUCCCUUCUUGGACCACAUUCAAUCCUAAUGAACUUGGAGAUGAUGAUGAUUACUGA